ACCUUACCGUGUGUUAGGCACAUACAAGAUAAAUAAGUUUCCCUUAACUGUCCUCCAUCUAAAGAGAUUGAAACAGAUACAUUCAGAGGGCAGAUGGUGACUUCGAACCCGAGGAAAAGAAGAAAUAGAUUAAACUAAUAUUUGGGGAGAGUCGGGGGGAAGGAAUUGCAGAAUGAUGAUUUUUCAGAGCUCAGUGUUCUUAUUGGAGUUGUUUCCUUGGGGCAUAAGUUCCAAGUAUUUUUCUAAAAGGCCGGAGAAGCCAGGAAGACUACUUUUGAUAUGUCAGGUGGUUUAAUUACUGAUGAGGGUCUGUGUUGUUUCCCUAGGAUGGUGCAACAUGGACAAUUUUGCCUUGGGAGAUUUCACUGAAGCAGAUUAUGCUUUGUUAGAAGAUCGUCCUUAUGUGGACGAUUGUGUCUUUGCUCCUGAAUUGACGUCCAAUGAUUAUGUUCGUGUGACUCAGCUUUACUUUGAUGGGGUGGGUAGACAAUAUAAAGAUUAUGCCCAAAGUGAGAGAAAUUUAGAAUUUGACAUCUGCAAUAUGUGGUGCAGUAAACCCGUUUCUGUCCUGCGAGAUUAUUGUGAUGCCAUUAAAAUAUACAUCCUCUGGCCACUUGCGUUUCAACAUCAGCACAGCUCUAUAAUAUCACGGCAGCAUCCUUGUGUGGAUGCCACCAGUUCUCAUACUUCUGAGAUAAGUUUGAAGAAGUUACAGCAUCUUGAGUUGAUGGAAGAUAUUGUGGACUUGGCAAAGAAAGUUGUGAAUGAUUCAUUCUUUAUUGGAGGCUUACUGAGAAUUGGUUAUAAAAUAGAAAAUAAAAUCUUGGCAAUGGAAGAAGCUUUGAAUUGGGUGAAGUACACAGGUGAUGUAACAAUUCUGCCUAAAUUAGGAGCAGUUGACAAUUGUUGGCCUAUGUUAAGAAUUUUCUUUACUGAAUACAAGUAUCACAUAACUAAAGUUGUAACAGAAAACUGCAGUAUGCUUGAAGAAUUUAAAAGUCAAAGUUGUGCGGAGUGUGUAGAGCAAGGAGAACUAAUGAAAAGGAGAGGAAAUGAAGAGUUUUCCAAAGAAAGAUUUGAUGUAGCUAUUAUCUAUUACACCAGAGCCAUUGAAUAUAGUCCUGAAAAUCACCUUCUUUAUGGUAACCGAGCUCUUUGUUUUCUUCGCACUGGACAGUUCAGAAAUGCACUUGGUGAUGGAAAGAGAGCCAUUAUUCUGAAGAACAAUUGGACAAAGGGUCAUUAUCGUUAUUGUGCUGCUCUUUCUAUGCUGGGGGAAUAUGACUGGGCCCUGCAAGCAAACAUUAAAGCUCAAAAACUCUGUAGAAAUGACCCUGAGGGAAUCAAGGAUCUAAUUCAGCAGCAUGUAAAGUUACAAAAACAAAUAGAAGACCUGCAAGGCCGAACCCCAACUAGGCAUCCAAUCAGAGCCUUUUACAAAAGCAGGGCCUCCAAACCUAGUCUAUCAGCACCUGCAUUUAGAACUUCACUUAACUUUGUGGAGACCGAAAAAGAUUGCAGAAAAACUAAUCACGAAAUGGCAAACGGUGGUAAUCAUAAUCUAAAGGUGGUAGAUGAAGCUUUGAAGGUAGACGAUUGUGACUGUCAUCCUGAAUUUCUACCACCAUCAGGUCAGCCUCCAAAACAUAAAGGAAAACAAAAAUCCCGAAACAAUGAAUUGGAGAAGUUCAGUUCUAGUUCACAAGGGAGUUUACCAGCAGAUUUGAAAAACAUCUUGGAGAAGCAGUUUUCUAAAUCUUCCAGAGCUGCACACCAGGACUUUGCAAAUAUAAUGAAAAUGCUGCGGAGCCUAAUCCAGGAUGGUUACAUGUCGCUGUUGGAGCAGCGUUGCCGCAGUGCUGCCCAGGCCUUCACGGAGCUGCUCAACGGGUUGGAUCCUCAAAAAAUCCAGCAAUUGAACCUCGCCAUGAUUAACUAUGUCUUAGUCGUCUAUGGCCUGGCCAUCUCACUCCUCGGAAUAGGACAACCUGAGGAAUUAUCUGAAGCUGAAAACCAGUUUAAGAGGAUGAUUGAACACUACCCCAAUGAGGGACUUGAUUGCUUGGCCUACUGUGGAAUUGGAAAAGUAUACUUGAAAAAAAAUAGAUUUCUAGAAGCUCUUAAUCACUUCGAGAAAGCAAGAAACUUGAUUUGUCGUCUUCCUGGAGUGUUGACUUGGCCCACAAGUAACGUGGUUAUUGAAGAGACACAGCCAGGGAAAAUCAAGAUGCUGUUAGAGAAAUUUAUUGAAGAAUGCAGGUUCCCUCCAGUGCCAGAUGCUAUUUGUUGCUAUCAGAAGUGCCUUGGAUAUUCCAAAAUCCAGAUAUACAUAACGGAUCCAGACUUUAAGGGUUUUAUACGAAUCAGCUGUUGCCAGUACUGCAAAAUAGAAUUUCACAUGAACUGUUGGAAGAAGUUAAAGACAACGACCUUUAAUGAUAAAAUUGACAAGGAUUUUCUACAAGGAAUUUGUCUUACACCUGACUGUGAAGGUAUCAUUUCUAAGAUUAUCAUCUUCAGCAGUGGUGGUCAAGUUAAAUGUGAAUUUGAACACAAGGUCAUAAAAGAAAAGGUUCCUCCAAGACCUAUUCUGAAGCAGAAAUGUUCUAGCCUAGAGAAGCUAAGACUGAAAGAAGACAAAAAAUUGAAGAGAAAGAUCCAAAAACAAGAAGCAAAAAGAUUAGCACAAGAAAGAAUGGAAGAAGACUUAAGGGAAAGUAAUCCACCCAAAACUGAAGAUCAGAAAGAAACUGCAGCCAGCGUUCAGAGCUGCCAGUACCUGAACGACAGAAUUCUGCAGUGCAUAAAGCAGUAUGCCGACAAGAUCAAGUCUGGCGUGCUGAAUACGUCCAAGCUUCUCAAAGAAUUGCUUUCCUGGAAGGUUUUAAGCACAGAAGACUACACCACCUGUUUUUCCAGCAGAAAUUUCCUAAAUGAAGCAGUGGACUAUGUCAUUCGGUACUUGGUUCAAGAAAAGAAUAGAGUGAAAACCAGGAUGUUUCUGCAUGUUCUGAGUGAGCUUAAAGAAGUGGAGCCAAAAUUAGCCAGCUGGAUCCAGGCACUGAACAGCUUUGGCUUAGAUGCCACGGGGUCUUUCUUUUCUCGCUAUGGAGCACCUCUUAAAGAGCUUGAUUUUAGCAUCAUGACUUUUCUCUGGAAUGAGAAAUAUGGACAUAAACUGAACUCUAUAGAAGGAAAGCAGCUUGAGUACUUCUAUGAACCAACAUCCUUGAAGGAGGCACGGUGUUUGAUAUGGCUGCUGGAAGAGCACAGAGACAAGUUCCCAGCUUUGCACAAUGCUUUAGACGAAUUCUUUGAUAUAAUGGACAGCCGCUGCACUGUACUGAGGAAACAAGACAGUGGAGACGUGCCCUUUAAUUCUACGAAGAUAAAACACAAAGGCAAGAAAAAGAAGCCAAAAGAUUCAAAGCCUAUGUUAGUUGGGUCUGGAACACCUUCAGUAGCAACUAAUAGUGAAACUCUCGCAGAAGACCAUAAACGCAAUCCAUCAAAUCCCACAGGCCCAUUCGUGGUGCCCGACCAUCUUCGGCAAGAUGUGGAAGAAUUUGAGGCGCUCUACGAACAGCACAGCCAUGAAUAUGUGGUCCGGAAUAAGAAGCUGUGGGACAUUAACCCCAAGCAGAAAUGCUCCAGUCUGUAUGAUUAUUUCUCUCAGUUGUUGGAGGAACAAGGUCCCUUGGAUAUGAGUAACAAGAUGUUCUCUGAAAAAUAUGAGUUCUUCCCAGAAGAAACUCGACAGAUACUAGAAAAAGCCGGAGGUUUGAAGUCUUUCCUCCUGGGAUGUCCUCGUUUUGUGGUGAUCGACAAUUGUAUUGCAUUGAAGAAAGUUGCAUUACGGCUCAAGAAAAAGAGAAAGAAGAAAAACAUUAAGACAAAAGUAGAGGAAAUGUCGAGAACAGGAGAGUAUUUCCGAGCUAAACUCCCACUGAAUCCAACCGCUAGAGAAUUUAAACCAGAUGUAAAGUCCAAGCCAGUGUCAGAUGUGUCUUCAGCACCAACUGUUGAGGAUGAGUCCAAACCUGUCUCUGCUGCUUCUCCCAAACCAGCCUGUGAAGCCAAGGAGCCGAAACCAGUACUGGAAAAUUCUCCCAGGUCAGUUUCUGAAGAUGAGACGCACAGAGAGGUUGCUUUUGCUUCCCCUAAACCAGCCUGUGAGGAUGCAAGUCACCUUCAAGCCCGCUCUAACUCCCCCAAACCAGUUCCUGGGGAUAUGAAACCAACCUACUGGACUCACGCACAUGUGGUCACAGGAUACUGUACCUACCUUCCCUUCAUUACCCAGACACCGCCAACAUACAUAAACGUGAUAACCACUCUGCCCCAGUACACUAGCGUCUACACGCCUCUGGUCUGCAUCCCCUCGGAGUAUCAUCUGCAGAGGUCAAUACCUGUGGCGCCAUCUUUUGUAGCCAUUGACAGACCAGCUAAAAGGGCUUCUGUGUGUUUUGAGGGACGUCAUUUGAAUGCUGAGCGUGGCCCUGGUGACCAGGUUGCCCCUGAAACACAGAUCCUUCAGGACCCUUUGGAGACCUCGGUAAAGUCACCAUGUAGCACAGAUGAUGCCAAUACAGCCCAGGAUGAGCCUGGCAGAAAGGAUGGCCACUGUGGGAAUUCUGCCAGCAAUGGGGACGUAAACCCAGAAAGGACUGAUGAACUAACAGAUGUUCCACCUACACAGGUGGUUGCCAUACAGGUGUCUUGGAGUAUAACGCAUCAAGAAGUCAAUACUGAGCCGUAUGAGCCUUUUGAGGCACAACAGGGGGAUAUUUCACAGAUUGAAAAGGAGUACCAGGUUUUGCAAGAGCAGCUUAAGGAAGCCUGGGACCAUCAUGAGCAGAGAAAACUGAACGGCUCAGAAGAGACCAGGGACCUGGAAGAAAAGCUGAAAAGGAACGUAGAAGAAAACAAGGUGAUUUUCUCUGGAAUCUCCCUUUAUAUGAAGAAUUUGGAAAUACAUAUAGAUAUUAAAACAAUUGUCAGAUGGACCACGUACAUCGAGAAAAAUGAUGCAAAGGAGAAAGCACAUGAAUUAUUUCUGGAUCAGUCCCUUGAAAUCAGCAAUACAUUUACAAAAGAGAAAAUGAAACUAGAAGAAUGUAUAAAGAAAGGGAAAGAAGAUUAUGAAGAGAUUCUCCAAAGAUCUGUGGCUGCAGAGGUGUCUGUGCUUGAAAACUGGAAAGAGGCGGAAGUGUGUAAGCUGCAGGCCGUGGAGGCGCAAGCGGAAGUGUACCUGAAUCACCUGAGGCAGCCAAGCAGUGAUUCUGCAGCAUAUCCUGACCUGGAGUCGGACAUACAUUCAUGGGAAUCAUUUCUUUCUAAUGUUAGAGAAGAAAUUGAGAAAGCAGAGUCUCAGUUUGAAGAACAAAUUAAGGCAAUUAAAAAUGGCUCUCGGCUCAGUGAACUUCCUAAAGUGCAGGUUCCGGAGCUCUCGUUUCCUGCGUGUAGCACAAUGCGUCCCAACUCACUUCCUGAGUCUUCAGGCCGUGAUGAUCAUCGUCCCUUGGCUUCUGCAAGUCACGGGGCUGAAGACCAAACCACAGUCCUCAAGGAUUCCAGUCUGGUCUCGGCCAGUGACCGCCCAGUGGGGGCCCCCCCAGCACCACUGCCAGCGUCGUUGCCAGAGUGUCAGGGUGCUGGCCAGGCCGUGCAGUCAAAACACGGCCUCGUGGCUGAGCAGAGAUUGCGUGUUCCUCCAGGACGCUCUCCCCGAUCCAGCCAGUCGCCAAAAAAGCCGUUCAAUAGUAUUAUCGAGCACCUGUCGGUGGUAUUCCCCUGUUACAACAGCACCGAGCUUGCUGGUUUUAUUAAAAAAGUGCGAAACAAAAACAAGAACUCGCUGUCUGGACUGAGCAUUGAUGAAAUUGUCCAGAGAGUGACGGAACACAUUCUCGAUGAACAGAAAAAGCAAAAGCCAAGUCCAGGACAGCACAGGAGGCUGUCUGAGGCCAGCUCUGCGGCUUCUGUGACCCGGGCCCCCCAGUGCCCAGCCUCCGCGACUGUGGGACCUUCAUCACCUAGAACCCAGGGACAGAAGACAGAGGACGCCCCUGCACUGGGUGCAAAUUCCUGUGAAAUCUGCCGUGAAGUUUUCAAAUCCAAAAACAUGCGUGAGCUGAAAUGUGGGCACAAGUUUCACAAAGGGUGCUUCAAGCAGAGUGUGAAAGGGCAGGGCACCUGCCCAGCCUGCCUCGACCGUGAUCUCCUGUCAAAAGAGUAGCCCGCACCUCCUGGGAGGCCAGCCUGCUCUUGUGGGCCGUCAGUCCACUGAAGGGUAAUCACUGGUGUGUUGAAUUGGAAGAAUAACCGAUAUAUAACACAACCUUUGGUACAAAAGGCAGACGUUUGGAGAUUCUUCACACUGUGUCAUAGCGCUAAGAAAUGGGAUCUUUAUUAGUAAGUCAUGUCUCCACUCUGAUGAAGCACUCCAGUAAUGGCCAGAGGUGGCUACAGGAAUUAGGCGCAGCCACAGUCUGUGUCGUUGGGGCUGCGGCAGAGGCGCUCGAGGCGGCAGGCUUCUUUGGGUAAGAAUUCCGAGCGCCUUCAAGCUGCACUGAAUUUCUGACCUACUAAAGUGCACAGGUUCAAUUUUUUGUAAGAGUCAGUAUUCCUAAAAAUAUACCUAUAUUUUCCCUCAAAGAUUCUGCAUUUUAAAAAUGGGCGUAAGCAAACCACAUUUUCAUAAUUUGUAUUUAAUGUUAAAAUAUUGGCUGAUUUAGACCAAAAGAGUCACUUCUCUUCAUGAAACACCAUGUGAUUUUGAUUUUUCAUUUCAUUAUUUUAUUUCCCAGAGCAGAUUUGUCAAAUGCUCAUUUUUCAUCUUCUAAAGAUAUAUGAUUUUUGAAAUUCAAUUACAAGUCACUUUCUUACAUCAGCCAACACGUUUUUACCCCUGAAAGCGAGACUCGAUAUUCAUCAUCCCAACCCCAUAUUCAGAACUCAUCCUUUGACUCCCUUCCUGUUUUCCUUCCUGGCGUUUGUCCUGCUUCACGAGUUAGACAACAAGUGUGUGGGUGUCUCUGUUUAGCUCACAGCCGGCACUGUGGGGAGUAGUCACCACCAUUCUCCUUCCUUCUCCCACCACCAAAAAGAGACACUCGUGUCAUCAGACCGUCCCAAGGCGUCCCUGUUCCAGUCGUUCCGUGUUUGACGUUUCUGUGAAGUAAUGCAUGCUGUCUUGUACUGUGGCCUUAAGAACACAACUAACUACGUUAAAAACUUAAAAUUGUAGGUGUCUUUAGUGACCAUAGACAGUGGUAAAUAUAGAAACACGAAUUCUGAACACAUUCCAUUUCUCUCAAACAUGAGGGAUCAAAAAAUGUUUUCCAGUGUGUUCCUUGUUCCCCUAGAAGCUCAAGUUCCUGAGCUGAUUUUGUUGCCUUCCUCUGCCUUGGUUCCCCAUAAGUUUUGAUGUCUCAGUGACUGACUUAGUCCAUAGAAGCUUGAAGCUUACUCCGUGUCGUGAAGCAGAUUCUCCAUGCCGGUCUCUGAAGCACCAUCCGCAUGUUCGUAGUAACAGAACUGUAGAUACUGAGAUACGGAGGGACCAGUUUGCAGCAGCAGGUGCCAUGGAAAAGCAGACCGGCUGGAAAGAGAGACUGUGUUUCAAGCAGGACUUCAAAUUCUUGUGAACAUGUCCUGUGAGUGUCAAAAUAAAAAGCAUUCUAAAAGAACA